AUGUCUAUCGCAACCAAUUUUUCAAAAUCCAAGUUUCUUAAAUCAGUUUAUCCUUACACCUUAACGUAUCAAUUUCGAAAAAACCCAUUUUUGAGGAUCUCAGAGACCACAGGCAUUCGCAGAUUUACCACCGAAGAGUUUGGCGUAAAUGCAAAUGACCCAGAUCACUUAGCGGCAUCAACCAUUCGAAACGGUGAAUUUAAAGAUGUGGAUCAAAAACCGAUAGAUCCCGUAUUUUUGGAACCGCAAAGAAUCCCACCAACAUACGGACACAUUGUAUGUCAGCUUCAUUUCCGUUCUUACCUUCCGGGACCUAUGGACUUUUUUGUAGAUUUUUCUCGACGCGUUGCACAUGCUUUAAAAAUGCCUUGCAGCGGAUCGAUUCCCUUACCCACACGAACAUCUCGAUGGACAGUAAUUAGAGGCCCAUUUGUACAUAAGAAAUCUCAAGAAAAUUUUGAACGCAAGACUCACAAAAGACUUUUGACUAUUAGAGAUACCGAUCGAGAGGUGGUGGAAAGGUGGCUAUGGUACUUGACAAGAAAUUGCCCGGCCGGUGUGGGGAUGAAAGUUACACUCUGGGAAUGGGAGAAAUUAAGGGUAGGGAAGGAGAUGAAGGUCACUGAAAGUAUGGAAGGAAUGGAUGCUCAGGAUGUGGUUGUGAAGGUUGCCGAAGCAUUAGUCAAAGAGAUAGAAAAGGAUUUGAUUAAUGAUGUAGAAUCAUCGGAUAAAUCAUAA